AUGGGUCUCAAGGAACGCUUGGGACUCAAGUCCCCCGAGACAACUGCUCAGACAACUGCUCAGACAACUGCUCAGACAACUGCUCAGACAACUACGGAGACAACCGCCAAGACCUCUGGUGCUGAUAUUCUUCCCGAUCCUGAAGGCACAGAGCGGGAACUGCGUCGGUUCCGGCGCCAGCAUCAGUGGGAUCCCUUCUUGGACAUCGACAAGCUCGAUAACAUUGACGAUGCAAUUGCCUCGGGCAAUGCCGAGAAGGAGGCCGCCGUCGACGAGUCGUUGAUCCAGGAAGAUUCGCCUUACCCAGAAGUCCGCAAUUCGGUCCCUCCCACCGACAUUGAUGUUCCUGUAAACACCAUCCGAGCUUGGACUAUCGGCGCUUUGCUUUGCACCAUUGUUGCUGCUUGCAAUGUUCUGCUCAGCAUGCGUCGCACUCCCAUUUCCAUCUCCUCCACUGUCGUCCAGCUCAUCUCGUACCCGAUAGGCUGUGCCUGGGCCAAAUUUGUCCCAGCCAAGUCUUUCAAGAUCUUUGGCCGUACCUUUGAGCUCAAUCCUGGGCCUUUCAAUGUCAAAGAACACACCAUCAUCACCAUGAUGACUGCGGCUGGAAGUUCUCUCAGUUAUGCCAUUGAUAUUCUCCUCGCUCAGGAAAUUUUCUACAAGCAAGAAUUCAGAUGGGGAUUCCAGAUCCUUCUCAUGGUCUCAACCCAGGCCAUGGGUUUCGGUGUUGCCGGGGUUGCGCGGCGAUUCCUGGUCUGGCCUUCCUCCAUGGUCUGGCCUGCGACCCUCAUCACCUGCACCGUCAUGUAUUCGCUCCACGACCACGGCGCAUCUGACCCUUCUGCAACCAACGGAUGGAAGAUUGGCCGAUACAGCUUCUUCCUCAUUGUUGCAGCCAGCACUUUUGUGUGGGAGUGGUUCCCUCUGGUUAUUGCACCCUUCCUGAGCUACUUCAUGUGGCCUACUUGGAUUGCGCCUUCGAAUGUUGUGGUGAACCAGAUUUUCGGGGGCAACACCGGUUUCGGACUCAUGCCCAUGUCGUUUGACUGGUCCACAGUCACGGCCUUCCUGAACUCGCCACUGCAGACUCCUGCCUUUGCCAUUGCCAAUGUUCUCGCCGGCAUCGUCGUCAUGACCAUUGGCGCGGCCGGCCUGGCCUUUGCUGGACCCGACUAUUACCGCUAUCUCCCCAUCAGCGCCAAUCAAAACUUUGAUCGAUACGCGCAACCGUACCAAACCAAGCUUAUUCUCAACAAGGACUUUACUGUCAACGAGACUGCGUACCAAAAUUAUUCUCCCAUCAUCUUGGGCCCGACAUUCUCCAUCUCGUACGGUAUGGGGUUCGCUGGUUUAAUGUCCACUAUUAUGCAUAUUGUUCUCUUCUACGGAAAGGAUGUCUGGAACCGCGCCAAGGAUUCCCAGUACGAUGAGCCGGAUGUGCAUAUGAAGCUAAUGCGCAAGUACAAGGAAGCCCCAGAAUGGUGGUUUUCCAUCAUUUUCGUGGUCAGUUUUUCCUUUGGUAUGAUUGCCUGCCAGGUUUGGGAGACUCAUCUGCCGUGGUGGGCAUACAUUGUCUGCAUCUUGAUUGGUGCCGUCCUUUUCAUUCCCAUUGGCAUGGUCCAGGCCAUCACAAACCAGCAAACCGGUUUGAACAUCAUUACCGAGAUGAUCAUAGGCUACAUGAUGCCAGGCCGCCCCGUUGCCAUGAUGUUGUUCAAGAGUUAUGGCUACAUGCUUUCGUUCAAUGGCCUCAACUACAUCUCGGAUAUGAAGGUGGGACAUUACAUGAAGAUUCCUCCCCGAAGCAUGUUCGGCGCCCAGGCCUUUGCUGUCAUCUGGCUGUCCUUUGUCCAGAUCGCCACUUACAACUUCCUUCGCGGCAACAUCCAUGAGAUUUGCACCUCCCAUCAAGCCCAGGGCCUGACAUGCCCCAACGCCCGAACCUUUUACAACGCCAGCGUUAUCUGGGGAGUCAUUGGCCCGAAGAAGGUGUUUGGUGCUGGCGGCCUAUACUCUUGGACAAACUGGUUCUGGCUAAUUGGAUUUGUCUUGCCCGUCAUUCAGUACCUGGUUGCUCGGAGAUAUCCCCGCAGCUUUGUUCGCUACAUUGUGACUCCGGCCCUCUUUGGCGCAGCCGGAAUGAUCCCUCCUGCUACUCUCUACUUCCUCUUCCAAUGGGUCAUUGUCGGUCUGGCUUUCAACCUGGUCAUUCGCAGAAUGUUCUUUGGCUGGUGGAGCCGUUAUACCUACGCCUUGUCCGGUGCUUUGGACAUUGGCACUGCGCUCUGCACUGUCGUUUCCGGCCUUGGCCUUGGCCUUAGCGAGACUGAUUUCCCGUCAUGGUGGGGGACCCAGGUAUGGCAGAAUACCUUGGAUUAUACCGCUACUGCUGUUACGAAGGAGUUCAUUGAGAAUGUCACCAAGCCUCUUGGACCCGACAGUUGGUGA